GUGGAAACUUCCCAAGCUGCUGAGACUCUGUUUACUCUGUUAACAGUGUGUUGUGUCAGGUCUGGGUUGACGGAUCCUCGCGGUGAAAAAUGAGCGACUGUCAUCUGUGAGUCGAGUCUCCUCUGAAGAAGAAGCGCCAUGAAGCUGCUGGACGAGGACGUGUGGUCGCUGUUCAAGCGCCACUGGCAGCAGACUCUCACCUACUGGAGCGUCUUCUUCAGCUUCGGCCUGUGCAUCGCUUUCCUGGGACCCACCAUCCUGGACCUGCGCUGUCAGACCCAGUCCUCCCUGUCCCAGAUCACCUGGGUCUUCUUCUCCCAGCAGCUGUUUCUGCUGCUGGGCAGCGCCGUGGGAGGACGCUUCAAGAAAACCCUCUUGUCCUCCCUGGUGGCGCUCUUGUCCUGCACUCUCAUCAUCUCAGUUGUGUUUGCCAUCAUACCGCUGUGUCACCACUUCAUCCUGCUGUCCCUUGCCAUGGCGGUGGCGGGCAAAGCCAUGGGGGUGAUCGACACCAUCGCCAACCUGCAGCUGGUGAAGCUGUACCAGAAGGACUCGGCCAUAUUCCUGCAGGCCUUGCAUUUCUUCAUAGGCCUGGGAGCACUGGUCAGUCCUCUAGUGGCGGAUCCAUUCCUGGCAGACGACAAUUGCGUCCUCGGAGUCAACUGGACCGCUAACUCCUCCUCUUCCUCAGACCUGGAGCACCUCCGUAGCAGCCUGGCCGGCCACGGAGUGACGCCCAACAACAUCUCCCAGUAUCCUCUGCACACCGAGGGCAUUGUUGUCACCAGGGUGUCGUACGCUUUCUGGAUCAUGGCUGUUAUCAAUCUUCCCGUUCCAGCGGCGGUGCUCGCGUUGAUGUACCACGAGAGGCUGCUGCCUUGCUCCAGCAAAAGUCCGAAACUGCUCGGAAGCAACCACCAGUCCGGCCCAGGCUCCGGUGGCGACGAUGACCAAGGACACGGGAGUGUGUUUGGUUGCUGUGAUCUUGUCAAACUCCGGGAUCGACCUGCUACGUUCUUCAUCCUCCACGCUCUAGGUGGAGCUAUCCUCUUCAUCACCGAUGGGAUUAUAGGCUCAUACGCCGGCUUCGUCUACACCUACGCCGUGUCCCCUCCUCUGCUGAUGGGACACAAGACGGCCGGCUGUCUGGACAGCGUCUUCUGGGCCGCGAUCACGGCAGGAAGACUGGCUUUCAUCUACUUGUCCUACAGAUACGCGGCACCCAGGCUGCUCACCUUCUGUCUGGCGGGGGUCAUAGUGGUCCAGUGCCUGUUGCUGAUCUUCUACACCAGUUGCGUGUUUCUCUUCAUUGGCACCUGUGUGUUAGGACUGUGCAUCAGCAGUGUGUUCCCAUUGAUGCUGGCCUUCACAGAGGACGUGUUGGACUACAAAGGUUGUGCCACAACAGUCCUGGUGACAAGUGCCAGCACAGGAGAGAUGUUGCUGCAGCUGCUCGUUGGAUCAGUGAUCCAUAGUCAUGGCAGUUACUCUUUCCUGUUGUGCUGCACAAUAGCGUCCUUCAUUGGUUUCUGCCUGUUCUUGCUGCUCCUUUAUGUAAAGAGUAUCCACAGAAACGAGCAACCAGAUUCAUCUAAAAGCAUGGACCUGAAGGAGAAGCCUGAGAUGGGAGACUCGUGAUCCAGAUCGUGGUCCAGAGCGACUAAAACGGAAAUAAUCUCAGGGAAGGCGGGCGUUCUUCUUCGGUUACUGGGACCGACUUUCAAGCCUGACGAUCAACAAUCAGCUGUAUUAAUCACAGUGCAAUCAUUAAAGUGUGUUUUGAUUCAAGUGUUUUCAGCACGGAGGUGUGUGGUGGAUUUCUUGGCGGACAUAAAUGCGAGCAGGUAGGCGAGACAUGGUUAGAGAUCUUUUAUUAUUGGUCUCACCUUCCGUUAUAACACCCCUCACGUGUCAAUACGCCACUUAAGACAAGUAGCUUGUAAACAUUUGGAAAAAAAAAAUAAAAA